GACAUCAUGCACGGAAUCUUCGGGAUGACUGACGAGGGGCUGAUGGAGUGCAUGUACCAGGUGUUCGACAUGGACCAGGACGGCGUGGUCGGGCCCGAGGAGUUCGUGGUGGGCAUGUCGGCCUUCCUCCGGGGCACGCUCGACGAGAAGAUCGACUACUGCUUCAGCGUGUACGACCACAACAGCGACGGCUUCGUGUCCCGCGACGAGAUGUUCCACCUCCUGAAGUCCGCCGUCGUGAACCUGCCGCCCGGGGAGGAGCUCGAGGAGGUCGUGAAGGACAUGGUCGACAUGGUGAUGCGGCGGCUGGACGCGGACCACGACGGCCGAGUCAGCUUCGAGGACUACGCCGCGGCCGUCAGCGCCGAGCCUCUGCUACUGGAGGUGUUCGGGCCCGUGCUCCCGGAUAACCAGGAGAAGGAGGCAUUUCUCAACACUUUCUUAGACAAAUACGGCCUGCGUUCUCAGCAGAUUUGAACGCACGACUCUGAAAUGUAUCUGAUCAGCUACAUAUCUUUAGAAAUGAAAAAAAAAAAACGGUAAUAAUAAUAUAAGAAAUCAUAUCAUUUUCACAACUAAAUGGACUGUAAUGCUUACGAUUUUCAUGAAAUUCAGUAAACAAAUAUAUCAAGAGAAUAAGAAUUGAACACACAAAGAUAGAUUAACAAAUAGAGAAACGAGGCAAAAUAUACAUUACAGAAUUCAAAACAUUUAUUCAUUUUUUUUUUUUUUUUUUUUUUUUUUGAGAAGGGGAAAUAGGACUGUAUAUGUACUGUUAUCAACUUUAUCGUUAUUAUCAUUAUUAUUGUCGCUACCAGUGUUACUCAUAGUGUUAUGGACUGUAACUAUGUAUUGCUAAUAAAGUGAUUAUUUGUACUACUAUUUUCUUUAUUAUGAUCAUCAUUAUGACGUCAUUACCAUUUUUAUUAUUUCUAUUUUAGAAGUUUCUGU